UCUAUGCAAAUUUUCAAAUCGAAAUAAUCUAACAGAUAUUUGUAUGAAAGAUUGAAUUAUUAUUUCAAUCUAUAGUUUGCUGUUUCUUUUUUGUUAUAAUGUACUUUUCUAAAUUUGUAUUUUAGCAAGUGUUAUGUUUGCAUUUAUUGAUCGUUCAAUUGUAAAAAAAGUUGUAAACUUUUUACCUCGAGUUGGUGUUGGUGGUCGUUAUGGUUUACCACAACAACGACGAACAUCAUUAGCAUCAGCAAAACAAUUAUUUCGUUCAGCAAAUAUGACUCAACGAUGGCAAAGACGAGAAAUUUCAAAUUUUGAAUAUCUUAUGUAUCUUAAUACAAUUGCAGGUCGAACAUAUCAAGAUUUAAAUCAAUAUCCUGUAUUUCCAUGGAUUAUAGCUGAUUAUGAAAGUGAAAAACUUGAUUUAAAUUCUCCAUCAACUUAUCGAGAUUUAUCAAAACCAAUUGGUGCAUUAAAUCCUACAAGAAAAUCAUUUUUUAUUGAACGUUAUAAUAAUUGGGAAUCUGAUACAAUACCACCAUUUCAUUAUGGUACACAUUAUUCAACAGCUGCAUUUACACUUGGUUGGCUUAUUCGACUUGAACCAUUUACAACAUUUUAUUUAAAUUUACAAGAAGGAAAAUUUGAUCACGCUAAUCGAUUAUUUCAUUCAAUACCAUUAUCAUGGCAAAAUUGUCAACGACGAACUGAAGAUGGAAUUAAAGUUGAUGAUGUUAUUUUACCUAAAUGGGCACAAACACCAGAAGAUUUCAUUCGAAUUAAUCGAACAGCAUUAGAAUCUGAAUUUGUUUCAUGUCAUUUACAUCAUUGGAUUGAUUUAAUUUUUGGUUAUAAACAAAGAGGACCUGAAGCUGUUCGUGCUGUUAAUGUUUUUUAUUAUUUAACAUAUGAAGAUACUGUUAAUCUUGAUUCAAUAACAAAUCCAACAGAUCGUGCUGCUAUUGAAACACAAAUAAGAAAUUUUGGUCAAGCACCAGCACAACUUUUAACUGAACCACAUCCAUCAAGAAAUUCAGCAAUGAAUUUAACUCCAAUGAUGUAUAAUGUUACACCAGAAGAUGUAUCAAUGAUAAUGAAAUUUUCAUCAAAUGUACCUAUUAUUCAUGUUUCUGUUAAUACAAAUCCAACACUUUCUAUACAAGCUAUUAUUACAAUUAGUA